AUGGCUGUCGAAUCGGCCUUCUUCGCAAUGCUGGCGAUGGGGCUGGUGUCGAGUUUGGCGCAUUGCUCCCCUUUGCAUGUGAGGCACAACGGCACAUUUGAGCGAGACUGGCAGACUCUCUACUCGCGCUCCUUGGCUCGGAUGCCCGGAGAGACAAGAGACAUCAGCCGGGACAGCGACUAUCUUAUGGGCAUCAAAAGGCUGCGACGUCUUUACUGUAAUGUAGGCAUUGGAUUUCACAUCCAAGUUUUACCCGACGGAAAGAUAACCGGAGUCCAUAACGAAAACCGAUACAGUCUUCUUGAAAUAUCUCCGGUGGAAAGAGGUGUUGUGACGCUAUUUGGCGUUCGGAGCGGUCUAUUCGUGGCCAUGAACAGCAAGGGGAAGUUGUACGGAUCGCGACAUUUCAGUGAGGAAUGCAAGUUCAAGGAGAAGCUACUAGCCAACAACUACAACGCCUACGAGUCACGGGCGUACCCGGAGAUGUACGUGGGACUGACCAAAACCGGCAGGACGAAAAAAGGAAACCGCAUUUCUCCAGCCAUGACAGUGACACAUUUUUUACCCAGAAUGUGACGCCGAUGCAGCGAGACGUUACCUCAAUGCAGAGAGGCGGAACCUGAGGACUUAAAACAAGCGCACUUUCAAACGGAGUUUUAUGCAAGAGUAGGUCUAUCAUAUUUAAAUUAUUUAAGUAUGUAUAUAUUGUGGCAGAAGUAUAUUUAUUAUUCUUGGUCAUUUUAUAUUUCUGACAAACUGGCCCUCCAGUCGUGGAGAAAAUGUAGAGAAUCCUCCGAGUUAUUUAUUUUUUAAAAUAUCUAUCAGUGUGCUGCUAUGAAGUGUUUGGACACGUGAGAUACCUUUGUUUUAUGUUGAGGUUUGCACUGUUUAUGAAUGCCAUUGUACAGCGCUAGUGUUUAAGAUUACGUUUCCGCUUUUUCUGGGAUGGAACUCGUAAAUCUUACAGUGAAAAUUAGGUGGUGCUGCAAGCCAAAGCCGUGUGACCUCCUUUGUGCGGCGUGGGGAUCUAAUUGAAAACAGUAUCAGUUUACUUCUCGUCACAGAUAGUGCCAUGUUGAAGCCUUACCCAUCAAUUCUGUUUUUAGCUCUGCCAUGACUUGAACUUUGAACUUUUCUGCAGUCAAUCUUCAUCAGAUCUACGAUAGAGGCGCAGUGCCUCCAUACUGGCACGCCAAUGCACUGUUGCAGCCUUGGCUGUUUUUAUAAAUGCAUAUUUUACAACGGGAAGUCAGAAUGUUGAGUCAGAAUUGCACUGCGGAGAGUAUAGGGAGGUUAUAGUUUGCCUUUGGCUGGAGGACUGCAACAAUCACACAUAAGCAUCAGCAUUACCCCUACGAAAAAUCACGUGCAAAAACCACGUGUUCAGAAACCACACAUGAACACCCAACAUUUGAAGAGUGCACAUGUGAACUUUUAAAAUAAUCCCACUUACACAAGAUGAGUGUAAAAAAAAAAAGUAACGUGUGCUAUUUUAAGUCACAUGUUUUGUUUUCACAUGUGAAAAUUGCAGUUCACAUUUUAAAAAGUCAGUGACGUGAAAAUGUGAAUGACUCAAUGUGACUUAUUUUAUUUUUACGUGGAAAUGUCCAGUUCACAUAUGCUAUUUUGGUCACAUGUGAAUAUUUUAACUGUGGCUUUCACAUGUGAAAAAGGAAAUUUUUAAUGAUUUUUAAAUUUAUUUUAUUUCUUGUAAGGGACUGCAGGCACACAUAUUAUGCAAAGAGGGGGGAGGGACUACGGAAUGAUUGAUAUGCAGUUGCCAUGGAUGACAGUAUGCGUGCUGUAUUUGCAGUAUUUCAGAGGAGGAACAUGCUCCCGCCUCUCUCUGUCCCUCUUCCCCUUUCUCUACCUCAGAUCAUUGAUCAGCCCCUUAUAGCAGAAAUGUGCUAAUGUUGGUUAGCCUCUGACGACCCGCCUGCUUUCCUUAUACCCUCACCCUUACAUACAGGCCGCUGGGUUACCAGACCCGCCUGCUUUCCUUAUACCCUCACCCUUACAUACAGGCCGCUGGGUUACCAGACCCGCCUGCUUUCCUUAUACCCUCACCCUUACAUACAGGCCGCUGGGUCACCGGACCCGCCUGCUUUCCUUAUACCCUCACCCUUACAUACAGGCCGCUGGGUUACCCUUACAUACAGGCCGCUGGGUUACCGGACCUGCCUGCUUUCCUUA